AUGAUUGUUUGGGUUCAGCUGCCAGCACUCAAAGUUCAUUUCUACCAUAAAGAGGUCUUGAUGACUCUGGGAAACCUCAUUGGCCGCACCAUCAAACUUGAUUAUCAUACCCUCAACAGACAACGAAGGAAGUUCGCACGAAUAGCAGUGGAAGUCGACAUGUCCAAGCCUCUGGUUCCUCGCAUCUGGCUAGAUGGGGCAUGGCAGAAAGUAGAAUACGAGAAUCUCCCCACGGUGUGCUUUGAAUGCGGUAAGAUCGGACACAACUCCUCGACAUGCCCGACCUUACGAGCUGCAGAGACGUCGGAUCAGUUAGCCAUCGUCGUCGGCGGGGAAGCUCCGGCACCGGCGACCACCGAGGCGGCGGAUUCUAACCCUGGUUUUGGACCGUGGAUGCUAGUUACCAAAAAGAGCCGACGCAAUCCUAGGGAUCAGUCGAAAAAAGGUAAUUUGGGGAAUGAUUUGGGGAGGGAAAUCACAGGGCAGCUAAACAAGAAUGGCAAGGGUUGGAAUAAGAAUAAGGAAGGUGGAGAAUCCCCUAACCACAAUGUCUCUGCCAAGCCGUUAGGAAGCCAACGGAAAACUAGCCAUGAAAGGAAAGGAGCCUCCCCACUUGAUGACUCCCCUGGGUCUGGAAAAGCAAAGAAUAAAGGAAAGGAGAUUGUGCAGGAAGGCAACGAAAGUAAUAAGGGGAUUCUCGGAUCAAGGCCAACUCAAGGGCUCGGCAAAACAAAUGGGCCUCGGCCCACGACAGUGCAAAAUCGAGCCUCUACGUCAGCUACCUCUCUUGAAUCCCUCGGCCCAGUUGGCGACCCGAUAGAUCUGGAUACCGUUUCUCCUAUGGCUGUUCAGGCUGCCAGCCCAAUCAAGCUCAAGACUGCCUCCCCUCCAGUCCAUACCGUCUUGGGAACUAAAGGGACUAAAAUUCAGAUCAUCUCCCUUCACAACAAAUCCGAGCAGCCCCAAGAGCCGGACAUAAAGAAACCGACGAUCGGAUCCCGUACCAAGCAUAAAAACGAGGCCAAGCAAAAAUCCAAGAAAGGGACGCCAGUGAAGCAACAAGUGAAUAAAAUUCUGCAGGUGUGGUCCCCCAUUAAGGAACGGAAGGGUAGGUCGAAAGCUCGCCUAGCGUCGCUCACCCUACAGGAGAUUAAUGCCUGGACAAGUGCAGCGCAGAAGGAAGCAACUAUGGCGGUUUCAGAAAUUGCCGAGCUGACUAUUAAGAACCAACAAGACCCAGUGCUGGAAGUGGUGGCGGCAACGCCUCCAUCGCAGUAA